CAGUGCCCAGUCAAGUGUCGAUGCUUCUGCCGGCCAGGACGGUUCAACUGAUUGGAAAAUUGUCAAUUGACAACGUACGGCACGGUCAGUCACGGGCCAAUUUCAGUCGCGAAGACACGUACCAUCACACCAUCCAUCUAUCGGCCAUCGAGAAUUCGCCGGUUUCGCGCACAUGUGAAACGACAAGAUCUUUCUGGGUGAGAGAUCAGAACAUUUUUUCCGUGGUUCGUUAGUUUAUUUUCUUCUAAAAAUCGAUCAGUUCUCUAGGACACCGGUUCGGCGGUAGAACAUAUAUCAAGUGCCGGAAGGGUUGAUGUGGGCUGAGAUGGUUUAGUUCUUAUCACUAACUUGUGUGCCACUGUGACAAUUCUGGUGCAGAAUGAAGCAGAAAGAAUACCGCUAAAACAGCUGACAUCGAACAAUUGUGUCGAGACGAGAGUUUGCUAAAUAUUUAAGUUUGAAUGAAGAACGACGGUCAGUGCUGUUCACGGACAAUAUUUUCGGACGCAUGUUGAUGCCACUCUCUGCCGGUUGGUUAGAUUAAACUGUCGCUCUCGGAGAUCGUGAUCGAACGCCGGCUGAAUGGGAAACUCCAACCGCGUCGUCAGUCGUCUCCCGUUUGUUAGCAAACUGCAUCGAUAGUGGAUAGCACGUGGAAGUUCAUCGAGUCUCAGCCGCAGCAGCCGCAGAUUUGGCAGACAGGACUAAGAUGUGAUAAUAUGGAAUUUCGGAGCAGUAACCUCAAGCGUCUCUUGAACUGUUGGAAAAUCUGCGACAUCGAUUACGAGCCGAUUUCGUUCUACACACGGAUCCUACGAUUGCUGCUUCUUCAAUUGGAUCUGCCGGAAAUAGACCUGCUGGAAUCUGUCGGCUGAGUAAGCGAGAAACCUUCGCUCCGGAGAUCGUUUGUGGGAACCUCGCCUCGACGAAAGGGGGGAGGAAAACAGAAGGAAACACGUACGGCAGCAUCUUACGCAAAUCCAUCCGCUGGCAGUGUGACGAUUGAAUCAAGUACGCGCUUCAUCCAGGCCGGUUGCCCGCGAUCCCGCAAGCCGAUCAUUUCGUAAUCCGGUGGAGAUGAUCUAGUUUGCGUGAGGAAGUGCACUCUUGCUGCUUUGUUUGAUAUUUGUGCGGCGAACUGAAACUGUGCCAUUGUGCGUUCAAUCGUUAGGCAUUAUUUAAAUUGAGUUAGUGUUUUUUUCUUUCUUCAAGAAAUUACGACGCGCCGGUAAGCGUAAGUAAGUAAGUAACUAAAUUGAUCACAACUAAGUGAGCGGAUGAAGCCGGAGUGUGAUGAAUAAUGACGGCUAAAGUAAAGAUGAUAAACAAAAAUUCUAAUUAACUUCUCAGUGGAGAAUGAACGGCCUAUCUGGAAGUGAAAUUCCGCUUUCGAAAAAAAUGGGAAUAUGAAUAAAUGUAGGCAAUAAAUUAAAUAUUGUGCUGACAGUCGAAUGAAUUCUAUCGCCAUCGGCAGCGGCUUACCGGGAACGGAUUCCGUUGAAGAUUAUCACUUCCAGUGCUAAUGUUUCGGGAUCGUGUGUGUUCUGGCGAUUAACACAUUUUAUGAUUGACCUAGCGCGAGUGUGGAAGUGUGAAGGAUCGUCGCUGGCAAAGGAUCGCACUAACUGUACUAAUUUUACUCUACUCGACGACGCGUUGAUCGUAAAAUAGGGUAAACUGAAUGAUCGACGAUCGGAUUCUAGUCGGGAAAGUGACUGACGCGAAAAAUGACACCGAAAGAGUGGCUUGCACUGUUUGCGUUUUACGCUGCCUAUCUGUUCUUCGGAGCCAGCGUGUUCUACCACAAUGAGCAUGCCCUGGAAACCGUGCGGAGAGCAGAAGAACUGGCCGAACGGAUCGAGAUGAACGAACUGCUUACAAAGUACCUGUCGCCCGAUGAUCCGGAACUACAGAACGAACUUCUCGACCGAUUGUCGGAGUACUGCGAAAAGAAGGUCACCAAUCACACGUUGGACGAAUAUGAUCCUCCGUACGUCUGGAACUUCUACCAUUCGUUUUACUUUGCCUUCAUCGUAUGUUCGACGAUUGGUUACGGCAACAUUUCACCCAACAACACAUUCGGCCGGAUAUUCAUGAUCUUCUACGCACUGAUCGGGCUUCCAGUGAAUGGUUUCUUCUUCGCUUAUUUGGGUGAUUUAUAUGGAAAAACGUUCAUUCGGCUGUACCGGCGCUACAAGGCCUACAAACUGUCCGCCGAUUCUCACUACGUCCCGCGGAAGCUCAGCCUGAUUGGACAGAUCAUGCUGUACCUGGUGCCGGGCAUCGUGAUAUUCAUCUUCAUCCCUGGGUUCAUUUUCUGCUACUUCGAGAAGUGGCCGUACGAUGUCGGAGUGUACUACGCCUUCGUGACGUUGACGACCAUCGGUUUCGGGGACUACACCAGCACGUUCGAACCGUCGCAGCAGCACGAGUUCGGAAAGGCUUUCGUUCUGUAUCAGGUGUUUGUGGUGCUGUGGUUUUUCGCCGGAGUUGGUUACGUUUUUAUGAUACUUGGUUUUAUAGCGAAGGGACUAGCUCACAAAAAAGUGCAACGAUUGCAGCAGCUACUGGCGGUAAAUGUUAUGGAAACUCAGCAGCGUGUCUGGAAUGGUGUAACCAAAGACGUCAGUUAUCUGAGGAAAAUAUUGAACGAAGUCUACAUGCUGAAGUUCAAGCCUGUCUACAAUGAGCCAACGGAUCGAUUCGUAGGCGCAAACAUUGGUCGCUCGAGCUCGUGUCCGGAAUUGACGAUGUACCAGGAACCGGAAAUUGAUCCUCGGGAAAUGGCCCGGAAGCGAGCCUGCUCGAUGUGUGUGACCGGCGGAGAUUUGCUGACGAAAUCCAAAUCAACCGUCAGUGUGUCGUCGAUCGGUCGCCGUUUGUCGGAUACCGACUUGAACCGAAUCAACCGGGAGAAGACAUUCGGAAUUCAGGCUGUGGUUCAACCGGCCGAGCUGUUGGCUAGAGUUGUUACCGCGCUGGGCAACAUAACGGCCACCGACGACGAUCGACAGAGUAUCCUGGAACAAGCCUCCAGUAAUUUGGGAAUAAAUUGCUUUUCCGAUUCACAGAUUCUCGACAGCGAGCGUAGUUUGUCGGAUUGGUCCAUGUCGGGCUUGGAAAAACCCGGUUACCUGGCACCGCCUCCGAUGCGACCUCGGGCUUCCUCCGAUUUCGGUCUGACACCAACGCAACAACCGACUAAUCUCAACGAUUGGACCUGGAGCGUCGGUGACAACAUCCAAAUCAAGGAGAUGAUAAAGGUUCGUCAGAAAGCGAAAAAAUCACCGGACAAUUUGCUGCGGGCAGCAAUCAGCAACAGUAAACAGUACGGAUCGAAUAACUCGGUGGAUAAUCCGCCCGUUCGAGAGGAGUUCCAAACGCCGGUUUCAACGACGAACCGAACUCUGCUGCAGCGGUUCAAUCCCUUCCGGAAACGUUCCGUCACUUCCGAUUCCAGAAAGAACUCGGACUUUGACGUGGAAGCACCUCGUCAAAUCAACAAAUACCUGGCCCAAACGGCAAAGGGUCGGGCUUCGAUGUUUAACUAUCCUCCGCCGCAGCAAUAUCUGGCGGCAACUGCCACAGGGCGCAGAAGUUUAUUCGUACCUCCGACAACCGAUGAAGAGCAAAUUCUGGAAACCACAACCAUCGGUGAUCUGAUACGGGCCCUGGAGAUCAUGCACAGUCGAGCAGCAAUGCCCGGCAAUGAACCUACAGUCGAUUCGUUGGAUUCUCCGAAACGCAAGAUUGGAACGGCAACCGCUCCAAAGAUACCAUCGUUGAUGAAUCUUUUCAGUAAUCCGGUGCAGGACGCCGGGCCACGCCGAGGUUCUCUAAUGGUUCCUAUGCCAGCAGCGCUUCAUUCGGAGAAUCCACCGCCGUACAGCACGGCAACAGGCUACUCAAGUUCUCCAAUUCCCAUCCGUCGACGGUUUAGCGUUCGACCAUCCAGUCUAGCCUAUCCACCGGGUCAAGGUCCCCGGUCUGGCAGUAUUUCCCUCGAUACCACUUCACCACUGGCCACAUCGUCCGGUUCGUUGUAUGUUCCGACGACGACCCUUCAGCGUCGCCUUUCCGCUCGUCCCGUUCCACUGGCGAACCAAAAUCAAAAUCUCCUUCAAGUCCCUUCGAUGGUCGGUAGUUUAGGUGUUGUAGCCAGCGGAUCGUCUCUUAAAUCGAAACCCUGGAGGCCGGCGUUGCUCCGUUCCGACUCGGAUCAUAAACCGGCCCUAACACCGAUUCAGCAAACACCCGUUCUCCCACCCCGCACCCGUCACAGCAGCCUUGGCCAGAUGGAACAAUGGAAGCGAAUCGAUUCCAGUUGACGGUUAGAAUAAGGACAGUAAAGCGAACCAAGUCAGUAUUCCAUUAGUUAAUAGUUAAUGAAUAGCCAUAGUAGCGGUAGAAGCUGAAAGUCAUCUUCCUAAGACGUGUGAAACCAAUUCCAGUCAUGUGGUUGUGCGAUAAGUGCCUUUCUAAAUUAAGUAUUUUAGAAUCUAUUGCAAUAUAUAUUGGAUAAAGUUAGUGAAUGUGAUUAUACCGUAACGGAUUAUUCCUUGAUGUUAGACAUGUUUCAUCACAUUCCGCAACUCUAAACGCCUAGCCAUAUCAAUUUAUUGGAAAUUAAGAUUAUGUGGAUGAAAUAAAGCAAGUCUCAAAUAAAAACUGAAA